AUGCCACCCCUCGCCAGAACCCUCAUCACCUCCCUCCCCUCCCUCUCCCUCUCCCUAACCCUCGCCGGCCCCCAACUCGGCCUCAUCUCCGACCUCCCAGGCCUCAACCCGCGAAUCCCCCUCGACUACGCCACCUUCAAAGGCACCAAUGCCUUCCUCGGCGUCUCCUCUUUCCUCGGCAUGCCCUUCGCCAAAGCGGGCAGGUACGAGAACCCCCGAGUCGUGAACGCGUAG